GUUAACUGCAAGAGUGUUAUCGUUCCCUGUUUUGAUAAACAGGUUGAGGAUUGUGGCCCUCGUUGAAACAUUUCAUUAACCGAAUCAGAGAAAAUAGAAUUCCCCGCCAUAACUAUCUGCAGAAAAUAUACCUUUGAUCAUGCAUCCAAUGCUCUUCAUCAAACAAUGGAGUCAUGGAAGAACCACUCUCAGACAUUUGUGAAAAAUUGGGUUUUAAACCACACUCAUUCCAUAGAGAAGGUAUUUCGCUUUGUUCAGCAUAGAACAGAGCAAAGAGAAUUCCCUUGUGAUGUGGUAGAAGCUCCUCUUUUUCCCGGAGCACCAUGCUCAUUCCAGUUUAAUACUGGAGACUGUGGUAUUGCUAACAAUCAAAACCCAUUAAAAAGUAAUUGGUGCAGAUCAUUCAAUGAGAAAAGCAAUCUUCUGGUAAACAACAACUGUACAACUGUACACGAUGCAAGGCCAUGGUGUGCAGUGCGAGUGUACAAAAACCAGUCUGCUAUUGUUGGAACAUAUGGAUACUGUAGAGAGGAAUGCCAAGGACAACGCCCAGAUCAGAAUCAGCCUGCAUACCUAGCCAGACAACAGUUUUCUCAUUUGUGGAAAACUCAGAUGUUUAGUUUAAAUGGGUGGAAGUCAGGUCAUUGCUACACCUACAUGCCUGAUGAACUUUAUUUACCUGGAAGUGAUGGUAAUUUCUAUGCUCUCUUAGAAGAUGGGUUUAAAGAAAUUGAUCAAGUGGGAGGAUAUAAUGUUUAUCUUCACUCUGAAAAGCACUUUUGGCCUAACAUGGACUUGAAAGCAACAGGACAAUCAUCCCAAAUAUCCAUUAAUUUUGGAGAAUAUGUUAAGGUGAAAUUUCAAAUCACCCAUGAGAAGAAAUUAUCAAACUGUGAAGCCGAAGAGAGUUACAGCAUGACUGAUUGUCUGUUCAACUAUGUCCACAAAAUGUCAGGAUGUCAGCUCGACUGGUUUAAUGAGCCUUCCCUUGGCAUUCCUAUUUGUGAGGGAAUUCAGGCUAUGGAGAACAUGUACAGAGUGUUGGAAAACAUUGGAGAUUGGAGCUAUUCCACAAUUGUUGACAAGACAGGUUGCAAAGUUCCUUGCAACAAACAGCAUAUUUUGAUCAAGGAACUAGAUGGGCAGAAGAUAUACUGGAGAACAGACUGGAUGUCAGAGUUCUUUCUAGAGGCAGAUUCAGGAAUAGUUCAGACAUCAGAGGAGUCUUUGGUCUAUGAUAAAAACGAUCUUGUUAAUGGACUUGGUGGACUUGUUGGACUUAUUCUUGGAGUCUCUUUGCUCACACUUGCUGAUUUUAUUAUUGAUGUUCUAUUGUUUAGAUUUCUGUAAUUUUUAUUGUGUAGGCUUUAUAUUCUUCAGAAAAUAAAAAAAACCUUGCCCUCAUUUU